AUGGCCAAAGCACCCUCGAAGAAGCAGAACAACCGGGCCGACCCACUGUCCAAGAAGGGUGGCAAGAAGGAUGGAAAGGAAGGCCAGUCCUCCAAAGAUCCGAAGCAGUCGCAUCUGUACACUGAUGAUAAUCCGGAGACUACACUCAAGGGGACGGGUUUUAAAGAUGUGGAGACGGCAAAUAAGACCAUCGAACUUGUUUCCAAGAGAAGCCUGACCUACCAGCGUCAGACCAUCAACACGAUGUUCAACAGGGCCAAGCACCAUCCCAAGAAGACAGAUGACAUCAAGGCAGCCCAAGCCGUGUUUGAGAAGUGGCUCAAGGAGACGUAUCCCAAGGCCAAGUCCGAGCAGCGCGAGUUCAAGCCCGUCCUGGGAAAGAAGACCAUGGAGACGGUGCUUCCGCUGCUGAAGAAGGCCAAGGGCGUCGACACCACCUUUGCCGAUAUGUACGUCGAGCUUGAGCCCAGGAAGCGCCUCGCGAACACGCUGGUGGACGAGAGCCAGCCGGGAGAAGCCGACUGGGACAAGGCGAGGACGACUGCGCUGAGCAAGCUCGCGCCUGGGGGGGACGACGACAUCUCCGAGGACCAGCUGUGGGGUGAGGACGGCAAGCCGUCUGCCUACCACUUGAGCCUCAUUGCUUGGGCCUGGACGCCCGCGACGGAGUAUAAACUCCUGAAGGCAGUUCGAGAAUGA